AUGACCUCUAAGAACGGUGUCCAUAUCGAAGCAGAUUCUGGCGCCGAAACGGCUAUGGACUCAAACGGUUUUGUAAUGAGUUUGGCCGGCAGGGUUCGCAAACCGAGGUCGAAAGUCAGCAAGGCGUGCGAUAAUUGCAGGAAAAGAAAGAUAAAAUGCAACGGGAAGUUUCCCUGCGCCAGUUGCGAAAUAUAUUCAUGCGAGUGUACGUUCACCACUCGGCAUGGUAGCAGACGAAUAAAUAAUUUUCAAAAGACAAACUUGGAGGGAGCGACGGUUCAAGUGAAAGAGGAGACUGACUCCAGUUCUAGUUCUGUUCCCAAUCCUCAGUUGUGUGCAGAUGAACCUUGCUCAAUAGACCAGCCGCAGAAAAAUUAUGAUAAUUGUAAAAUGGACGGAGUCAGUAAUAGGAGCUGUACUAACAAAGACGAUGCAGAUCCAAAUAAGAAUGGGUUUUAUGAAGAUGACAGAAAAUUUCAGGCCACUCUGGAAUCUUUACAAGGUGCUUUGAAAAAUCUAAAGGAGAUAGCUCACUUAGGUCCUCACAUAGCAACAGCCAUCGAGAGCAUUGAAUCUCAGAUAAAUGACCUAACCAGCACAUGGGAACCUAAGAUAAGAGUCAAGGAACUUGGAAAAAUACAAUUUUACCCUAACAAAUCAAUAGAAACGCAGUUGAUGAAAAACAGAUAUACUGAUGCGGUACACUUGACGAGGUAUGCCGCUUGGUCAAACAAUAAGAGGGACCAAGAUACUUCUAGUCAGGCUUUAAUCGAUGAGAUCUUUGGCUUGUAUUCCCCCUUCCAAUUCUUAUCGCUCCAAGGUAUCGGUAAGUGCUUCCUUAAUUAUAGAUCUAAAACGAAGUGCGAUGCCUUCCCUAAAACUGCCAAGGAAACUUUAUACAUCAUGCUGAGAUUUUUUGACAUUUGUUUCCAUCACCUCAACCAAGGUUGCAUAUCCAUAGCCAACCCGCUAGAAAAUUACUUACAAAAAAUGAAUCUUUUGCCAUCAACUCCAUCUUCAGUGUCAUCUGCAGGAAGUCCGAAUACAGCACAUACGAAAUCGCAUGUAGCCAUAGUGAUAAACAACUUACCUCAACCCUUUGUGCAAGAUAUAACGGGGAUAAGUAACUCAGAACUACUACAUAAAAUCAAUGACGACACGAACAUGUUUGGAAUUUUAUUGGAAAUGUUGCAUGUACUCAGAAAUUCGUACCAGAAUUUCUUAAUAGAAGUAACGUCUAACCCUAUGGUCAAAAGCACGCAAUCAAAUGAUACUUUGCAAGAGUUUAUUCAUUAUUGCCAAGCAGUGGAGGCGCUGAUUGCCUUAUGCUACAGCUACUAUAAUUCCACAUUAUACAACUACGUGGACUUUACAUGCGACCUAACGCAUUUGGAACAACUUCUCUACUUUUUAGACCUACUAUUUUGGUUAUCUGAGAUUUAUGGGUUCGAAAAAGUUCUGAAUGUUGCAGUCCAUUUCGUUUUCAUAAUUGGUUUAUCAAGAUGGGAAUUUUAUGUAGGCCUCGACGAAGCCUUUGCUGAGCGAAGAAGAAACCUUUGGUGGAAAGCUUAUUAUUUCGAAAAAACACUUGCAUCUAAAUUGGGCUUUCCUUCAAAUAUUGAUGACUCUAAAAUUAAUUGUUUGUUACCUAAGGAUUUCAGAGAUGCUGGAUUUUUGGAUAAUAGAGAUUUCAUUGAAAAUGUUUGUUCAGUGCAUAGAAAUGACACUUUUGAUAACAUGUCCAUAUCCGAUUUAAAAUACUAUGGGGAAUUGGCCAUUUUACAGAUUGUUAGCAAUUUUUCAUCAUCUGUUUUGUUUAAUGAAAAAUUUACGUCAAUUAGAAACACUUCAAAACCAACUGUUGUAAGAGAAAAAUUACUCUUCGAUGUUCUUGCGACUUUCAAAGAAACAGAAUUAAAAUUUGAUGCCAUCAAGGAGCAAACUGGCAAGCUAUUUGAUAUUGCAUUUUCGGAAGAUACUGCUAAAUUUAAAGUUUCAAGGGAGGAUAAAAUUAUUGCUUCAAGAUUUGUUUUAUUUUAUGAGCAUCAUUUUUGCAGAAUGGUUAAUGAAUCUGAUAACGUCGUUGCCAGACUAUGCGCUGAUCGAAAACUCACACUGUUACUUGAAAACUUAAAGAUAUAUCUUCAUAAGAUCUACAAAUCGUGGACUGAUAUGAAUAAGAUCCUGUUGGCGUUUGACAAUGACUAUUUUGUGUACCGUUCGUUUGCUCAUUAUUCUAUUAGUUGCAUCAUUUUAGUAUCACAGGCAUUUUCUGUAGCCGAGUUUAUCAAUAUGAACGAUGUUUUGAAUAUGAUCAGAGUAUUCAAAAGGUUUCUGAACAUUAAGAUUUUCUCAGAAAAUGAAAAAAAAGAACAUGUCUCUAACAGCCAAAGCUUCAAAGAUUACACCAGAGCGUUUUCCUUCUUGACAAUCGUCACUCGUAUUAUGCUUUUGGCGUAUGGMGAAUCUUCGAGUACCAACCUGGAUGCUCUCUCAAAAUACGUCGAAGAAAGUGCUCCAGAUUUGAAAGGAAUAAUAGAGCUCGUUUUGGAUACGAAUUCCUGCGCUUAUCGAUUUUUACUAGAACCAGUACAGAAGUCAGGGUUCCAUCUAACUGUCUCACAAAUGUUAAAAAGUAAAAAGUUUCAAGGGCCACUAAUGGCAAAUGAAGAUAAAAAACAAGUGAUGGAAAAACAAGAGCAUAAAUUUACUGUAAAUGUCCCUGGGAUUAAAGCCAAUGCAACACCAUGUUCAUUAAAUGGUAAUUUUGAAUCACCGCAAUUCUAUGGUCGCUCAGCGCCUUCGCCGGUGAAAAACAAUUCAUUACCAGAAUUCGCGCAAUUGCCUUCGUUUAGGUCAUUGUCUGUAUCAGAAAUGAUUAAUCCGGAUAAUUCACAAGCAACGAAAGGUCAAAAUAGCGCUCAAACUAAAUUCAACAGCCAAUCCUAUCAACCGAUGUAUGCACAGCAGGAUAUAUUAACCCAGUCACAACCACCAUUUGUGGACACAAACGAUAACAACAACAAUAAUAAUAUUAACAAUACUACUACUACUACUAAUAAUAAUAAUAAUAAUAAUAAUAAUAAUAACAACAAUAAUAACAAUAAUACAAAUAAUAAUAAUAAUAAUAAUACCAACUUUCCACCAACAAGCUUUAAUUUAGGAACUCUAGAUGAAUUUGUUAAUAACGGUGAUCUUGAAGAUCUCUACAGUAUCCUAUGGAGUGAUGUUUAUCCAGAUACUUAG